GAGAAAUACACACACACACACACACACACAAAAACCCAAUUACACUAACGUGCCAAAACCGUUCUAACAAAGUAGCAAAACAUGAAACGUUCCUAUAUAGAUUACUUAAUUGUGGUAUGACAAAAAUGAAGACAAAAUUCCAUAUUUCACGUUCUAUAAAUAACAUUAAAUUGCCAUAUUGCCAGAAUGUAUUUCCUAUAUCUGUAUAGGAAAUACAUUAUGUAUUAACCAUAUUAUGCACACCUGCAACUUUCUUAUACUAUUUUCUUGCUCCCUGUGGACUCUGUCUUCAUUUAUCCAUGUUUUUUUCUCUAUGUGUCUUGGCAGAAUAAACAAUUAAUAAGACUUUCAAUUUGAUAUAUUUUUGAGAUGUCAUGCAUGUAAGAUCUAAGACUUGGACAGAUUAAUGCUGUAAAUGGGAGAAAUAGUAUUCGAGCCCUCAGGGUAAAGUGUGCAGGCUGCAGCUUGUCAGUCUAGCACACACCUCCAAGUUCUUUACCAACCUAAAGUUCCUACUUGUACACUCAGCCAAAAAAGCAGCACGCUGAGGAUACCUCGCUUAGGAGAGGCAGCGCUAAAACUCUCAUUUAAUGUGCUGUCACAAUCAGCAUGGCCUACUCUCACAUCAACAUGACCAACCGCUCCAACUCCAGCUCUUUCUGUCGAUUUAACGAAGACUUUAAAUUCAUUCUCCUUCCCGUCAGCUACGCCCUGGUUUUUGUCAUUGGUCUGGCGUUGAACGCCACAGCUCUUUUUGUGAUGGUGUUCCGUACAAAGCGAUGGAAGCCUUCCACCAUUUACAUGUUCAACCUGACGAUGUGUGACACACUCUACAUCUUCACUCUUCCCUUCCUCAUCUUCUACUAUGCCGAUGAGAACGACUGGCCCUUCAGUGAGCCGAUCUGCAAGCUGAUACGCUUCCUGUUUUAUGCCAACUUGUAUGGUUCUAUUCUAUUCCUGUGCUGCAUCAGUCUCCAUCGGUUUCUUGGUAUCUGCCAUCCCGUCCGCUCGCUCAGCUGGGUCAGUGCUCGUCGGGCCAGGCUGGUGUCUGUAGCAGUGUGGGCAUGUGUUUUAUUCUGCCAGGCUCCAAUUCUCUACUUUUCAAGAACAAGGGCUGUAAAGACAGAGCGAAUCUGCUAUGACACCACCAGUCCAGAGCUUUUUGAUGACUUCCUGGUAUACAGCUCAGUCGUGUCAGUGAUCAUGUUUGCCUUGCCCUUCAUGGUGGUGAUGGUUUGCUACGGCCUCAUGGUUCGGAAGCUUCUGGAGCCCGGCUGGGGGUCUAAUGAGAGAGGUGAAGGUGAAGGAGGUGGUCUGAAGGCACAACAGUCAAAGCAGAAGUCUGUGAAGAUGAUCAUUAUUGUGCUGGCAGCGUUCAUGCUGUGCUUCCUUCCUUUUCACCUGACCAGAAGUCUUUACUAUUUAUUUAGAUACCUGAGACAAGUGAAUCCAUCACAGAUCAGCUGCAGUUUGCUGGAGGCUGCCAGUGUGGCCUACAAGGUGACGCGACCUUUAGCCAGCGCCAACAGCUGCGUGGACCCCAUCCUUUACUUCCUGGCGGGACGGGACGCUCGCAGCACUCUCACCAAGAAGGGCAAACUGUCCUCACAGAAACCGACCACGUGCCAUUUUCGGACCACAAAACUCUGAUCCCCUGUCUAAGACUUGAGUGGAUUCAUUCUUAUGCAGCUUUUUAAAGCAGCUCAGAUAUUUGGAACAUCUUCGUGGAGCCUGGCAUUUGUCUGAUCUUUUGUAAGUUGCUUCCUGACAGAGAGCAUCAUUUAUAAGAUAUUUGAUUUCUA